AUGCGUGUCCCUCCCCCACCUUUCGUCAAACGGCUCACCAGCCCACCCGUCAUCAACAUCAAAUCAGGAGCUACCUUUUUCCGCCGACAUCCCUCCUCUCUGCCUCCACCAAAUCAACAUGCUCAUCUGCAGCCACCCAAGAAUGAUAACCCCCCGCUAUUCAAGGGAAUCUCGUUCCAGGUCCCCUCGCAUCUUUCCCAGUCACCUCAGCAAAAUGAGUCCAGCUGGGUAGUCGUCGGCCCUUCACGCUCCGGCAAAACCACCUUUCUUCAGAUGCUCCGUGGAGAGCUCCAUUGCUCCCCAAUCUCGGCGAGGACAUGGCCUUGGCUCACACAACACAACCUCACCCCUCAAACAGCUAUCAAAUACGUCGGAUUCUACGGCAAGGGGAUAUCAGAGGUCACCACUUCGGCUUACCUGUCAGCGAGAUAUGAGAGUCUGAGAGAAGACACAGACUUUUCUCUCAAGGAACAUCUACUUGGCCAGACGCAGUUCAACCUAGGCCAUAUUCCAGGGGAGCAUGUCAUCAGUCAGCAUCUUUUCGACAAAGUUGUCGAAGACCUGAGUUUGGUCGAGCUGCUGGAUACCCCUGUGGCCUUCUUGUCAAAUGGGCAGUCAAGGCGAGCGGCGAUUGCCAAGGCUUUGAUGGCGGAACCGGAGGUACUCUUGCUGGACGAGCCGUUUGUGGGGCUGGAUCCUGGAGCGUCCAGGGCCCUGAGUGUGAUGUUGAAGACGCUGGCCGAGAGAGCCAGUCCGAGGGUGGUCAUUAGUUGCCGACCACAGGAUCCGCUGCCAGGCUGGAUAAAAAGGGUCGUAUAUUUGGAAGGAGCAGGAGAGAUGGCUAUCGCCGGUCAACUGGGAAUUGAGGGCGCCGAGGAUGCAUUUGUAAAGGAGGCGGGCGGGGGAAGUCAGGUGGAUAUCAUUACGGAGGCCGAUGAGGGCGCGCUGGGAGAGCCGCUGGUUGAGAUGAACGGCUGCAAAGUGCGCUACGGAAACAAAAUUGCUCUCGGAAACUGGGAUGGUGGUCUACACUGGACUGUCCGGAGAGGUCAAAGAUGGGGCGUCUUUGGGCCCAAUGGAUCAGGCAAGACGACGAUUGUAGCAUUGCUUUGUUCUGACCAUCCCCAGACAUAUUCGCUUCCCAUCAAACUAUUUGGACGCAACCGAAUGCCGGAGCCGGGAUCUGGUGAGCGGCCUCUGACUUUCUGGGAUAUCCAAUCUCGCAUUGGGCAUUCUAGCCCUGAGAUUCACAAGCACAUGCCUCGUGGCUUGAACGUUCAACAAGUGCUGGAGAGCGCUUGGGCUGAUACUUUCAAGGGCGUUCCCAAGUUGGACGAGGACGCCAAACAGAAAGUGAAGGCAACACUCAGGUGGUUUGAGAAGGAACUUAAUCCUAGGUACUCAAAGGACAAAGACGGGCCCCGUGAUGAUGUCGCCUGGGCCCAGGAUUAUUUGUUUGGCGGCCUGUCCUUCAGUGCGCAACGAGUGUUGCUGUUUCUUCGCGCCAUCAUUAAACAUCCGGACAUUGUGGUUUUGGAUGAAGCCUUUAGCGGUAUGGAUGAGUAUGUGCGGGACAAGUGCAUGCUCUUCCUAGCUUGCGGCGAGGAAAAAGCAUACGCCGCUGACAGAACUGUCGUGGAACAUCCUGCACCGGAGAAGAUCAAAGUGAAGGGACUGGGCGAGGACCAAGCACUGAUCUGUAUCAGCCAUGUCAAGGAGGAGGUCCCAGAUUGCGUCAAGGAGUGGUUGUGCCUUCCAGAGCCAAACAUGGGGCUCCCGGCUCGCUUUGGACAACUGGGGAAGCCGUUGAGGACGGAUGAGGAUACUUGGAUGCACACCAUCUGGGGCCUUAAUAGAAGAAACUAG